GUUGUCGAGCCGCGGGGAAGGAAGAGGCUGUCUCUGGUCCCAGUUUCGCUGGCGUAGGGACCGAGCCAGCAGCUGGUUGGUGCUUGGACCUCUGCCACGGCGGGCGGUUCCUCCACGUGCUUUCGGCGGCGACAUGGAGCUGGAGGAAUCGGGCUUUCGAGAGGCAUGUGGCGUGUUCGGGUGCAUCGCUUCUGGAGAGUGGCCCACGCAGCUGGAUGUGCCGUAUGUGAUCAAUCUAGGACUCGUGGGGCUGCAGCACCGGACUGGGGCUGGAGUCCUCGCCAGGCUCAUCCUCCGGCUUCUGGCCGAGGAGAGCAUCAUGUACCAGCAUAGCCAGGGGCCCAAGCUUCUGCGUCAUGGUAUUGGUCUGUCCACCAGCUCUGAUAGUGAAAUGAUUACCCAGCUCCUGGCAUAUACCCCUCCUCAGGAGCAAGAUGACGCCCCAGACUGGGUAGCAAGGAUUAAAAAUUUAAUGAAUGAAGCACCCACAGCAUACUCGCUGCUUAUAAUGUACAGAGAUGUUAUAUACGCAGUACGGGAUCCUUAUGGAAUUCGACCUCUAUGCAUUGGCCGUCUUAUUCCAGCUUCUGAUAUAAAUGACAAAGGGAAAAAAACAUCAGAAACAGAAGGAUGGGUAGUGUCUUCAGAAUCCUGUAGUUUUCUGUCUAUUGGUGCAAUAUACUACCGUGAAAUCUUACCUGGGGAAAUUGUGGAAAUAUCUAGACAUGGUGUCCGAACUCUUGAUACCAUAUCAAGGUCUGAAGGAAACUCAGUGGCUUUUUGUAUCUUUGAAUAUGUAUAUUUUGCAAGACCAGAUAGUAUGUUUGAAGACCAAAUGGUUUACACAGUAAGGUAUCGCUGUGGUCGGCAGCUGGCCAUCGAAGCACCUGUGGAUGCAGAUUUGGUUAGCACUGUUCCAGAGUCUGCUACACCUGCUGCUCUUGGUUAUGCAAAGAAGAGUGGACUUCCAUAUGUGGAGGUGCUGUGUAAAAACCGAUAUGUAGGAAGAACAUUCAUUCAGCCAAACAUGAGAUUAAGACAACUUGGUGUUGCAAAAAAGUUUGGAGUAUUGUCAGACAACUUUAAAGGCAAAAGAAUUGUUCUUAUAGAUGACUCAAUUGUGAGAGGCAACACCAUUUCACCCAUAAUAAAGUUACUCAAAGAAUCUGGGGCAAAAGAGGUGCAUAUUCGAGUAGCUUCACCACCCAUCAGAUAUCCGUGCUUCAUGGGAAUAAACAUUCCCACCAAAGAAGAGCUCAUUGCCAAUAAGCCAGAGUUUGCUCAUCUUGCAGAAUAUCUUGGAGCAAACAGUGUUGUGUAUCUGUCAGUAGAAGGACUGGUUUCAUCUGUACAAGAAGAGUUAAUAUUAAAAAAACAGAAAGUGAAAAAGCAUGAUAGUAUGAUUCAGCAAAAUGGAAAUGGUCUGGAGCAUUUUGCAAAUAAUGGUCACUGUACAGCUUGUCUCACAGGAAAAUACCCUGUAGACCUGGAGUGGUAACUGGUAGGGACAGGUGAUGCUACUCAGGAUAGAAAGUUGGUUACAAAAUGGGUACACAGUAUCUCUUCACUCAGCAGGCAGAACAUAAAAUACCACAUGGUUAUGUUUACCUUUAUAAUUAUUUUGAGAUUUUCUGAAAAGGGUACCAAAUCUCAUA